AUGACAACUACAGAGGAGAUUAAAGGGGAAGUUAGUAGUUUUUACAGGAAUCUUAUUGGUACUGUUGCUUCUAAUCUGGAUGGUAUUGAUGUGAACAUUGUGAGAAAAGGGAAGCAACUAGCUCCUGAUGCUGCUGAAAGUUUGGUGAAACAUGUUCUUGAUGCAAAAACAGAUAAUGCUCUCAAAGGUAUUGAUAUCAAUAAAGCUCCUGGGCUAGAUGGGUUCAAUAGUUUGUUUUUCAUCAAAGCUUGGGCUAUAGUCAAAGCAGACAUUUAUGAGGCAGUGAAGGACUUUUUCAGGCCUGGGGUGAUGUUAAGGCAGUGCCUUCAGACAGUGUCUUAUUCUAUCUUGAUUGAUGGCCUUCCCACAACUCUUAUCGCUGCUAAGAAGGGGUUAAGACAAGGUGAUCCUAUGUCACCUUAUCUCUUUGCAUUAGGCAUGGAAUAUCUUUCUAGAUGUCUGGCUACUUUGGCCCAGAAUCCUGAAUUUCUUAUCAUCCUAGAUGCAAAAGAGUUGAUAUGA